AUGUCCUCUCUGCUGCAUCUAAUUCCUGGGGCAAGACGGAGGAUGCGCAGCCUUCAAUUUCGCCUUUCCCAAUUCUGGGAUCGCCAGUCCGACGGAGACAACCUUCCAGUUCCUUGGGAUUUCAAAAUCCUGGACGAUCUUCAGUGGUGGACACUGGACCACAAUCUUUGGUUGGGACAGUCCCUUCAGUUAGCUUCCCCGGAUGUUUGUCUGUACACAGAUGCUUCCACCGUCGGCUGGGGAGUGUCGAUUCUACACGAUUCAGUGAGCGGUGUGUGGGCCACUCACGAGCUCUCUUUACACAUCAACCUUCUAGAACUCAAAGCUAUACGUCUCGGCCUUCUGCACUUCAAGGAUCAUGUCCGAGGACAGACGGUGGCAGUGUUCUCCGACAAUGCCACGGCCCUGUCGUAUCUGGCAAAAGAAGGCGGGACUCGUUCAGGAAGCCUCAAUGCCGAGGCUCAAGCCAUCCUACAGUGGGCGGAGGAUCAUGCCGUCCGGAUCCUCACCCAAUUCGUGAAGGGCUCGGCAAACGUCUUAGCGGAUUGCCUCAGCAGACAGGAUCAGAUCAUCUCUACAGAGUGGACUCUCCACCAGGAGGUUUGCAAUCUCCUAUGGAGGCUUUGGAAUUAUCCCACGGUGGACCUGUUUGCAACAAGGCUCAACUUCAGGCUACCAAACUUCAUAUCCCCGUUUCGGGAUCCAAUGGCAGUAGCCACAGACGCCUUUCUGUACAAUUGGGAUCAUCAAAAUCUUUAUGCCUUCCCACCUUUCCCGUUGAUCAGGAAGGUGCUCAACAAGCUGAGAAUGGCACGUCAAACAAACGUUAUUCUGAUUGCUCCAUUUUGGCCACAGAGGGAAUGGUUGCCAGACCUCAUACAGGCCUCAGUAGACACUCCCAGGCGCCUACCGCAGCACAUAGAUCUACUUGGUCAGCCUCAUGUUCGCAAAUUCCAUCAAGCUCUCCCCAUGCUACAGCUAACCGCGUGGAAACUGUCAAGCGAAUCCUUCGUCACAGAGGCUAUUCCUCCCGAGUUACGGAAUUCCUGCCAGAAGAUUGCAGAUUUUUUGGUCUUUCUUAGACAGGAUUGCAGAAUGUCAGUCACUGCCAUUAAAGGCUACAAGGCCAUGCUCAAUGGAGUAUUUGCCCUUAAAGGCUUUGAUCUUUCUACCGACCCAGUUCUCCGCGAGGUCAUAAAGACUUGUUCAAGGCAAGUCCAACGCCCACCUUGUAGGGCUCCUUCAUGGAAUGUAGACGUGGUCCUUAAGGCUCUGACAUGUCCUCCAUUUGAGCCACUUCACCAAGCCUCAUUACGGGAUCUGACUAAGAAGACCCUCUUUUUGGUGGCCCUGGCUACGGCUAAGAGGGUUGGAGAGCUUCAUGCCCUUUCUCAGAGAGUUCCCUCUUCAAGUCUCUCUUCAGUGGUGGGAAGAGAGGAUGAGGAACGUCUCCUAUGUCCAGUGCGAGCUGUACGACGUUACCUUGCUGCAACAGCUUCCGCUUCUCGGCCUCGAAGUCUCUUUGUGUCUUUGAGAGACCCUGCGAGGCGAAUGUCUAAAGCUGCUAUUUCUUUCUUCCUACAGGAUACAAUCAAGACGGCUCAUGAGUCUUUUCCCGAGGAACUCGGCCCCUUGUUCAAGGUAUGGGCACACGAUAUAAGAGGAAUUGCCACUUCCAUGCUUCUCUGGAAGAACAGUUCUGUGGCAUCUAUCUUAGAAGCAGCCUGUUGGAAGACCCACUCAGUCUUUGUGGACUACUAUCUCUGUGACAUCCAACGGCAGGAAGGAGAUGUCUCUGCCCUUGGCCCGGUAAUUGCUGCUGGGGAUUUGGUGGGACCACUACCUCACUAA